AUGGCUCCCGUCGAAACGAAACAAUAUGACUACAUCGUCCUGGGUGGUGGAAGCGGCGGUAGCGGCAGCGCUCGCCGUGCUGCCGGGUGGUAUGGCGCAAAGACGCUAAUUGUCGAAAGUGGACGUUCUGGGGGUACUUGUGUCAAUGUUGGCUGCGUACCAAAGAAAAUGACUUGGAACUUCGCAACUAUCAAUGAAAUGAUGGAGAUCGGCAAACACUACGGCUACGACAUUCCCGAGAACAUCAAGAUGGACUAUACCCAUUUCAAGAACACCCGCGACGCUGUGAUCAAGCGGCUGAACGGUGCCUACGAGCGCAAUUGGGGUCGGGAAGGAAUCGACCUGGUACAUGGCCGCGCCAAGUUCGUCGACCGCAAGACCAUCGAGGUGGCAUUGGCCGACGGCUCCGGCGCCGUCCGGUACACGGCGCCACACAUUCUCCUCGCGACCGGUGGUCGUCCCACCCUUCCCGACACCCCCGGUGCCGAGCACGGGAUCACCAGCGACGGCUUCUUCGAGAUGGAGGAGCUACCGCCCAAGGUUGCGGUCGUGGGUGCGGGAUACAUCGCCGUUGAGCUGGCGGGUGUUAUGAACGCCGUCAAUGUCGAGACCCACAUGUUCAUCCGCGGGCAGACCUUCCUGCGCAAGUUUGAUCCCAUGGUCCAGCAGACUAUGACGGAUCGCUACGAGGCUAAUGGCGUCAAGUUUCACCGCGGACACACUGGUUUCAAAGAGAUCACACUCAUCCGGGACGGCAAGGGCAAGGACAAGCUCAUCAGGCUGGUUAGCGACGACGGCUCCGAGGUGGAAGUUAACGAGCUGCUGUGGGCUAUUGGUCGUGUUCCCGAGGUCGAGGACCUGCACCUGGAUAUCCCUGGUGUUAAGCUGAACCCCGCCGGCUUCGUCGUGGUCGACGAGUACCAGAACACCUCUGUGGAGGGCGUCUACGCCCUGGGCGAUGUGACUGGCCAAGCCGAGUUGACACCCGUUGCAAUCGCCGCCGGCCGCCAACUAGGCAGCCGCCUCUUCGGACCCCCCGAAUUCAAAUCCGCAAAGCUCAACUACGAGAACAUCCCAACCGUAGUCUUCUCGCACCCCGAAGUUGGAUCCAUCGGCCUAACGGAGCCGGAAGCUCGCCAGCGCUAUGGUGACGACAAGAUCAAGGUCUACCACACCAAGUUCACGGCGAUGUUCUACGACGUCAUGCCGCCAGAGGAGAAGGCCAAGAACCCCACCGAGAUGAAGAUCAUCUGCGCCGGGCCACAGGAGAAGGUUGUCGGUCUACACAUUCUGGGCCUGGGUGUUGGGGAGAUGUUGCAGGGUUUCGGUGUUGCAGUGAAGAUGGGCGCGACGAAGCAGGACUUUGAUAGCUGUGUUGCUAUCCAUCCUACCAGUGCAGAGGAACUGGUUACGAUGCGGUAG